AUGUCUUUCGGCAAGAUCUUCACCAAGGAGUUGGCUAACUCGUUGCCGCCGCCGCAGCGCAACCCCCGCACCACCGCCAUCCUCGCGGUUGCGAAGGCCAACGGCUUGGACCUCGAGACCGUCGUCGUCGACACCACCAAGCCCACCCCCGAGUUCCUCAAGUACAACCCCCUGUCCAAGGUCCCCGUCUUCGUUGGCACCGACGGCUACGUCCUGACCGAGUCCAUCGCCAUUGCCAUCUACCUCACUUCCCAGAAUGAGAAGACCACUCUCCUCGGCAAGACCAAGCAGGACUACGCCUCCAUCCUGAAGUGGCUGUCCUUCUUCAACAUGGAGGUCCUGCCCAACCUCGGUGCCUGGUACCGCCCUCUUCUGGGAUGGGACGCCUACAACAAGAAGGCCAUCGACGACGCCCAGAAGGGUGCCGCCAAGGCCAUCGCCGUCGUUGAGCAGCACCUGCUGAACAACACCUUCCUCGUCGGUGAGCGCAUCACCCUCGCCGACCUGUUCGCCGUCGGCAUCAUCUCCCGCGGCUUCCAGUUCUUCUUCGGCAAGGAGUGGCGCGCCAAGAACCCCAACGUCUCUCGCUGGUACGAGACCGUCUACAACCAGAAGGUCUACUCGGACGUUGCCCACCCCUUCGAGCUCCUCGACAAGCCCGCCCUCGAGAACGUCGCCCCCAAGAAGGACCAGCCCAAGAAGGAGAAGAAGGAGCAGCCCAAGGCCGCCCCCAAGCCCAAGAACGACGAGGAGGACGAGGAUGACCGCCCCGCCGAGCCCAAGGCCAAGCACCCCAUCGAGCUGCUGCCCCGCGCUACCUACCCCAUCGACGAGUGGAAGCGAUUCUACUCCAACAACGAUGAGGCCGAGUCCAUGAAGUACUUCUGGGAGAAGGUCCCCAAGGACGAGUACACCAUCUGGAGCGUCAAGUACAAGUACAACGACGAGCUCACCAAGCUCUUCAUGUCCAGCAACCUGAUUGGUGGCUUCUUCACCCGUCUCGAGGCUUCCCGCAAGUUCAUCUUCGGAUGCGCUUCCGUCUACGGCCAGGACAACGACUCCGUCAUUGAGGGUGCUUUCCUCAUCCGUGGCGACAACGCCGUCCACGCCUUUGACGUCGCCCCCGACUGGGAGAGCUACGACUUUGCCAAGCUCGACCCCGAGAGCGCCGAGGACCGCGCCUUCGUCGAGUCCAUGUGGAAGUGGGAUGCUCCCGUCACCGUCAACGGCAAGGAGUACCCCCACGCCCAGGGCAAGGUCUUCAAAUAA